AUGAUCAAAAUUAUGGCUAUAAUAGACUUGUAUUUACAUCGUCCUGAAAUGAAGACAACACCACAACUAUCUUGUCAUAAUUGUGAAAAUCCCUUACAUCAUAGUGAAUUACUUUCCAAUCCCAGAUGGAAAAAGUCAAGUCCAAUCAGAGUGUUAUCAGAAUACAUUGCUAGUGGUAACAGAGAGAGGAUAAAAAAUCUUAACAAGUGUAACAACCUUGAUAACUGUUAUCAUCAUUACCACCGGUAUCAGUACCAUCACUUUCAUAACCAUUAUCAUCAAAAUGACAAUAUUAAUGGUAUUAAUAUGAAGCAUACAGAAAGGAUGCAUUCAAAUCAUCGAUCGGUAUUAGUGAAUUCAAAUCAAUCCUCCUUUCAACCUGUGGAUUUACUUUCAAUUUAUCCUGAAAAUAAAAACUUUGAAUUAAUGAAAAUUAAGCGUAUUUACGGGUUAAUCGAUUACAUGCUGAUUUGUAAUCACGUUUGUUGUAAACAUUUUGAGUCUGUACAAAAAUUCAUGAAUCAAGUGCAAACUAUUGUUAAGCAUACUGAGAAAGAGAUUGACAAUAAACUGAAGAAUUUAAUGAAUCUUAGUAUGUAUAAGUUUUCAGAGAAAAUCGUUGCGAAAGGAUUGAAACACUUAAGAAAUAUAUGUAAGUGUCCAGAGUGUAAUAAAACUUCUCAAGUGGGAUCGGAAAUCAAGGAGUUCAAUGGUGAAACAUCCUAUCAAUAUAAUAAUCGUAAUCAUGUUUCGGUCAAAUUCAAGAAAUCUGAACCACAAAAUUCUAAAUCGACAAAAAACAAAAUAAAACAUCCUUUGGACUACAGAACAACUAGUUUCUGGACUAGUUGUCUGUCUAACACUGAAGUAAGUGAUCAAGAGUUGGGCAGUGUCGACAGAUCAACUUCACGUCCGGUGUGUUCACCCUCUAAUAGCAUACUCCUACCAUCACCAUCUUCGUUAACAUCCUAUGCAUAUACUUCAUCGUCAUCUGUCUCUUCAUCUUCUUGCUCUUCUUCAUCAUUAUCGCUAUCACCGAUUUCGUCACCAGUUACAUAUUCAACCUGUGUAUCACUAUCUAGUAGUUCACUGAAAGAGAAUGAAGAAAAUGAAAUUCUUAUACCAGAUUCAAUUUGUAACUGGCAAAAAACUCAUGAACCUGUCAAAUUUAUGAAAUUGGGCAAAUUACUUAAGGAGUGUAAGCAGACAAGUACCGAAAACGCCGAGGAGGUAUGCGAGUCACGUGAUGGCUUGGUGGUGAAAAGCGUAAGUUUGUAA